UCUGAAAUCAUUCAUUACUGUCAACGAAAUGGGAAACUCACUCACCGUCGAUCAAAUGGCUAAGAUCAAGGCAUUCACGAGAGAACAAGUCGAGGAGUUCAAGAGGGUGUUUACUCUUGUUGACAAAAACAAUGAUGGCAACAUCACAACCACCUCACUCGGCUCAGUAAUGCGCUCCCUCGGCCAAACCCCCACCGACGCCGAACUCCUCGACAUCAUCAACGAAGCCGACACCGACCACGACGGCACCAUCGACUUCCCCGAAUUCCUCGCCAUGAUGGCCACGAAAUCCAAAGCCGUCGACACGGAAGCCGAGAUCCGCGCCGCCUUCACCGUCUUCGACCGCAACGGCGACGGCGUGAUCUCGGCGGCGGAGUUGCGCGAGGUGAUGGCGUCUAUCGGGGAGAAGCUGACGGAUGCGGAGGUGGAGGAGAUUGUUAGGGAGGUUGAUCGGGAUGGGGACGGGGGGAUUGAUUUUGAGGAGUUUCUUCAAGUGCUUAAUCGUACUUAG